AUGGCAGAAGCCGCCGCCGAAUACCCAAUAAUCGACUCUCACAUCCACCUCUACCCCUCAGCCGAGCUCGAGACACUGGCCUGGUGCUCCUCAGCCAAUCCUCUGCACGGCCAGAAAUCGUUGGAUGAAUAUGCCGAGGCUACCGGAGCUCCCACUACCCUAGAAGGCUUCAUUUUCCUAGAAACUGACAGGAAGCACGACCUCAAGCGUGGAGCUGAGGAUGGCAGUGGUUGGGAGAUGCCGCUGAUGGAGGUGGAUUGGCUGAAGAGGAUAGCGCUCGGCACGCCUAGGGAGGGAGAGGGCCACACGGAAGAGCAAAAGAAGUUGUGUCUCGCCAUCAUUCCGUGGGCGCCUGUCCCAAGUGGAGCGGAGGUGUUGGAGCGGUACGUGAAGGAGGUGGAGAAGCAUGCGGAGGGGAGCUUUGGGAAGAUCAAGGGGUUUAGAUACUUGCUGCAGGAUAAACCCAGGGGAACUAUGUUAACGCCGGAGUUUAUUGAUGGGCUGAAGUGGCUGGGAAAGAAACAUUUUGUGUUUGAUCUCGGUGUGGAUCAACGUAGUGGUGGGAAGUGGCAGCUGGAGGAGGCUGUGGAGAUGAUCGAGAAGGCUCAUGAGGGUGUGUCGGACGAGGCGAAGGUAACUUUCAUAUGCAAUCAUCUCUGCAAGCCUGAUUUCUCGGUCUACAACCAGACAGACCCAAGCUUCGUCGCUUGGAGAACAGCUAUGUUCCGGCUUAGCAAGUGCAGCAAGACGUUUCUGAAACUGAGCGGAUGUUUCUCAGAGAUGCCCGAUUCUCUCAAGAAGGCUCCCGAAGAUGAGAUAUUUUUGGCGUUGCAGCCCUACCUUGUGGUAAUUCUGGCCACGUUUGGUCCAUUUAGAAUCAUGUUCGGCUCUGACUGGCCCGUGUGUACCGUUGGGGUCGACGAUGCUUGGAAGAAGUGGAAGCUGAUAGUGCAAAGGUUCUGUGAAAUGGCCAGUCUGAGUCAAGCUGAGCAAAUCAUGAUUUGGAGCGGUACAGCUAUCAAGGCUUAUGGGAUCAAGGAGUUGAUUUGA